AUGGCCAAAGUGCUUGAGGCGGUAACGAAGAUCAACGCCGACACCGGACGUCUGAACCAGCGAAUGGAUAGUAUUGAAAACACCACGACUACUUUAUCGCCAACUUUGUCCUUCACCGUGGCAGAUUCCGCGGCAGCGUGGCGCGACUUCUCAGCCAGGGACUGGCAGCCACCUUGGCGGAAUGAAAUACCCGUAGCAACGGACCGUCGUCUCCUGGCGUGUCUGAAGUCGAGCUUCGCGGAGACUCCGAGGUCGUUGUGA